AUGAAGCUCCUCAGCUCUGAAGAUUCGAGAAAGUUAUUCACGAGCAGAGUAUUUGGGUCUGAGAACAAAUGUCCAGCUAAUUUUGAGGAAGUUUCAAAUGAAAUUCUGAAGAAGUGUGGCGGAUUGCCACUUGCAAUCAUUACUAUAGCUAGCCUAUUGGCUUCCCGUCGAGAAAGAUCAAGGAAUGAUUGGGAGAACAUACAGAAUUCUCUAGGUGCCCAGUUUGCCAUAAACCCCACACUGAAAGGGAUGAGGAGUAUAUUAAACCUCAGCUAUAUGAAUCUUCCUCUUCAUCUCCGCACUUGCUUCCUUUACCUUGCUAUGUAUCCAGAGGACUAUGUGAUUGAGAGGGAUGAUCUAGUCCGAAAAUGGAUAGCCGAAGGCUUUAUCAGUAAUUUGCAUGGACCAAAUUUGGAGGAUGUUGGGAUAAGUUAUUUCAAUGAGCUAGUCAAUAGAAGCAUGAUUCAGCGUGUAAUGACCUACAAGGGAGUUUACUGCAAAGUACAUGAUAUGAUGCUAGAUUUGAUCCUAAGCAAGUGUGCAGAAGACAAUUUUAAUAGUGUGGCAUAUACUUCUGAAGACAUGACAAGACUGCGUGACUGCACGUACAAGAUCCAUCGGUUAUCCCUGAUCUCACGUGUUGAUAGAACAACAAAUGAAACAAUAUCAUGGACAGUUUUGGAUAGCAUAUCACAAGUUCGGUCAUUGGUAUGGUUCGGAGCUUGCAAGUCCAUACCUCAUCUUUCUCAGUUAAAGUAUAUCUGUGUGUUAUCUUUUGAAGAUCGAUCUUUAAUUAGGACACGUCUGGACCUCACUGCAAUCAGCCAAAUGUUUCAACUGAGGUAUUUAAAGGUUUCAAUUUAUUACUAUGCAAUGCUUCCCACUGAAAUUCGGGGGCUUGUGCAUUUGGAUACGUUGGAUGUACCAUGUGGAAGCAUCCCGUCAGACAUAGAGCACUUGCCGCGCUUGUCUAAUCUGACAAUGGGUUUGUAUGAGGGGAUAGGGCUACUUGAAAGGAUCGGGAUCAUGGAAUCACUUCGCACACUCGAUGGUUUCAAAUUGGAGAGGAGUUCGCUGGAGGCUCUUGAGGGCCUUGGUAAGCUGACUAAUCUGAGGAAUCUGAAGCUUCAUACCUGGGAUGAUGAUGAGUGCAAUCUGCUGGAGAAGGCGAAGUUUGAUGCUUUCGCCUCUUCUAUUUGUAAGCUACGCAACCUCAAAUAUCUCCAGAUCAAAGGCAAUCAUGAUGAUAAGGACGACAUUUUAGGCUCAGUUUCAGAUCCUCCAGCCCUUAUCGAGGAAAUGUACCUUAUCAGCUGGAAGAUCUUGAGGGUUCCUAAAUAG